AUGCUUUAAUGGCAAGGUUGGCGCAUCUCGCUGAGGUUUUACCACCAGUGUAGUUUCUGGUCUGUUCACUGGAUCCUGUUCAAAGGGCGAUUUGGACUUUUUCGCCCUUUUUCCAGCUUGAGGCCGGGUUCCUUGCCUUCUCCCGUGGGUAUCUCAGACUUGGAGAGGAGGUGGGCUGGGGGAUUCCAAGGACUGGCUUUUGUGGCGUCAGACCUCAAGAGAGGCUCCCCCAGCAUCUUUUGCUUGUGGCCUUCAGGAACAGGUGAAAUCUUUCUUAAAUUUUUUUCCAGGUCUUUAAAGACCCCACCUAUCUAAUAAAUUGUGCUUCAUCCACCCUUCAUGGUUGACUGAUGCAUCGUAAUAAUGUCCUGAUCGCUCUAAGCUACCUAAAGGACACGGCUUCUGAACAAAGUAGGUGAAUCCAUGUCAACUGCUUGGCUUCGUAAAUACAAGUGCACGCGUGGCAGGUCCUGCUCUGGGAUUCUGCCUCUUGUGAACUGUUUAGUGGGAGGUCCAUUCAGAGCUAUCAGCCACAUUGCAACAGCAUCAGUGGCCACCUAGGUUACUAGCCACCAACUCUUAAAAACUACAACAAAAACAGUGACCAACAGUUAUCUUGGUUUAUGGGACUUACCUUUGAAAUGGCAUCUCGUCCAUUUCUGACCAGAACUGGCAAAGGGUUCCCUCCCCUGCAAACUGAUACAUUAUCUAAAACAGAAAUGCAGCUGAAUUUUAGAUGGAGCAGGACAGUUUUCAGCUUUUGUGCCCAGGGCUGGCCAGUGCCCAAGCUAAUAUGGCAACCUUAAAGGGGAAAGGGGGGUUGAUCUUUCUUUCUGGCGUAUUGAGGGUUCUUUGCAGAAAACUCUUGGAUGUCUAGACAUGGUCAGGUUAAAUUCAGGGCAUAAAGGGGAGGUCCAGGUGGGGACAUUUAAGGAAGAACUGGAUUCUCUGGCCCUUUAAAUCUCAGACUCCACCUCUCCAUUAUUUACAUUGUCUACAUUGCAAUUUUAUGUGUGUGUCCCCACGCUAAUUCAAAGAAGUGUGCCUGAUUGGCACAGAUUGCGCUUGCCACCAUGUUCUCUCCUUCAUCCCAGUCUUCUCCAGCAGGUCUUCCUGCUACGGCCAGUGGCCGCUUUUUUGACAGAUGGAAGGAUUAUCUUAACCUCUCCAAGGUUGUGAUGGAGAUCGUUGAGGACCGGAAGAAGCCCCAAGGUUUCUGUCCCCAGAGGGACCCCCUUGAGAGGAGCGUGCCACCCGUUCCUUGCAAGGAUCCCUCGAAAGCCACCGUGCGCUGGGCUAAUGGAAGUGGCAGCAGUGGAACCAACAGCUCUGGGAACGGCACCGACGGUGGAGACCUCCAGCCCGCUCAGCCAACCGGCCGAGGGAUCUGCAACUUCUGCAAACACAACGGAGAGUCCAAGAACGUCUAUUCUUCUCACCCCUUGAAAAGAGCCGACGGGGUGGUUGUCUGCCCCAUCUUGCGCAACUACAUGUGCCCGCUUUGUGGAGCAACUGCCGACAAGGCCCACACGCUGAAAUAUUGCCCCCUCAAUCAGGGGAAACAAUCUUUAUAUCGCAAGUGUGGGCGCAACUCAGCCGGACGCAGGGUCAAGAGAUAAGCGUGCCCUGGGGGAGCCCCCAACCCGUGUCACGGAAGAGCCAAAGAAAAAAGAAGUUAUGUCUGCAGAGUGGCAGGGUGAUGAGAAGGCAACGCGCGCCUAACGCUUGGAAAGCAAGAAAUCCAGAGGGGUUCCCCAAUGUUCAGUUCUUCAGAAUCAUAGUUCCAAAAGAGGCGCCUUUAAUUCCUUUCUUUUGUAUGCCAGGAAGAUGAUGGAUGAGAAAAACGUUUGUUUUGAAGUACAAGGAGACUUGCGCGUUUCCGAUACACCAGAUUUCAGUUUCAGGGAGAAACAAGCACAACUCUUUGUUUUCAAAAACGAAAUCUGUAAGUACCAAAGUACUUUUUUGUUUGUCUGGGAUGGUCCCGAAUCAUGUCCAAAAGAAGUCACCGUUGGCCUUAAAUUAACCCACGAAGAAAGGAAAAUACGUUGUCGGUUUCUUCCGUGUCCUGUAGCGUUCAUUACCGAACACAUUAGACGAGUUGCGAUACUUGGAACGAUAUUUAU